GAGACCGCAGACGAAAUUGUAAAUACUACUCAACCUGAGUCGAUAGAGAGAGGCGGAGAAAAAGGCAGACAUAGAAAUGUAGAAAAAAACUACUUAGAAAAUGUAUACUCGGUAAGGUGGGCAGAUCUGUCGACUCGACCUUUUAAAAAAACCAAAGCGUCACAUCGGUUAAGCGAGACGCGCAUUAUGGAAUCUUCAUAAACCUGCCUCGUUGCAUGUGCUAUUUUAUCAACCAAUGGCCUCCUCUGGAGAACAAUUAUUAAUAUUAAUAUAAAUGCAAAUAUCUGCUAGCGCACCGCUUGAGCCGAGGUUUCUGUGUUUAUUUGUGCAGUAGUUUUUUUAAGCCAUCAAUGUUUUAUCGGAUGGUUCAGAUAACGCGCAGAAUUUAGGAGCGUUCCAUUAUUUUAUUUGUGCAUGUUUUUUUUGUUUUUUUUGGGGGGGGGGAAUAACAUUUUGUAACGUCGCAAUGAACUGCACCAUGGAUUUUAAUCAGAAUUCUUAACGGGUAGCCCAUAGUGCCCAUUUUAAUCGGUGGAAAAAUGGAAACGUUGUUCAUGUAAACAAGAGCCAACUAUUUUUCAGAUCCGCCCCAUUUAUCUAUUCUAUCUUUCAGUAUUUCUCGACACAUCUGGAAAAAGUGUUUUUUCUUUUACCGUUCUUCCACGAAGACAGCGAUGUCAUCAUUAACAUCCCGGCGUGGUUUUGUUGUUGUCUGAUUUUACUACUGGAUAUCCGCACAUACCCCUGCGCCAAGCCAUACCUCCGUUUUUUUAUAAGGUGAUUGAAGUGUGGCCUGCAGUGACAUCCAUCCCCUUCUCCCUAUUGGUCUUCUAUACCAUGAGCUCUGGCUCCGCCCAGGAUGUGGCGGUGGAGCAUUUCUUGCGUGACAUAGAGAGGCGGGGCAAGCGGCUACAUUGUGCUGUGAUUGGCUGCGAGGAGCAGCGUCCCUGUGGCGACAUGAACCUGCUGUAUCGUAAGAGCCGGCUGGACUGGAGGCACAAGGACCAGGAAGGCAAUAAGAAGAGCUCCAGCCAGAAGGACCCCUCCUCAGCCACGGUGGGCAAGGUCCGUGACCUGGCAUCAUUCCGGCGCCACUUCCGCAUGGGCUUCAUGACCAUGCCUGCCUCCCAGGACCUGUCCCCUCACUCCUGUGCCUCCGCCAUGGCUCCCCGCUCCCAGUCCUGCCAUGCCGUGGGCGCUGGAGACACAAGUCUGGAGAAUGGGGAAGAUUACUCUGACACCCAGUCGCAGCACGGUGGGCGCUGUCCCCCAGCUAAACCCAAACGCCAUCCCAGCACCCGCCUCAGCUCCUCCUCGGACCCCAGAGCACCUCACGCCCCACCGGACGCCCCUCCGCCACCCCCGCCUACUCACCCGCAGGCUAAACACUCAGAGAAGAAGAACGCCAUGAAGAAGUCUGACUCAGGGGACAUGUCCAAAAAGGUGCCGCCUUUGAAGCCCAAACGAAGCCCCAGCACUCAGCUCUCGUUUGAGCCCCCAACUCCCCGCGAGCUCCCUCCUGCCACGCCCCUGCCCUUCCAGGGGGGUGAGGGUCAGCCUCAGGGGGAGGAAGGGGACGAUGAGCCCGUCUACAUAGAGAUGGUGGGCCAAGUGUUCACCAGGGAGAUCCAAACUGCCACCCCUCACCCUGUCACGCCCGUUGCCACCACACCUGAUUCAGACUCAGACCAGAGCGAGGCCAUCUAUGAGGAGAUGAAGUACCCGCUGCCAGAGGACAGAGAGGGACACAAACGCCUCCCUCUCAAACACGAGAGACUCAAAUCCUCCAAACACCACCACUCCUCCUCUGGCACCUCCGCCCCUCUACCUCGCCCCUCCUCCUCCUCCCCCUCCUGCUCAAAACCUAAAGCCACAACCCCUGUCCCCCAGCCCCUCUCCUCCAGCCCGCACCCCCCACGAGCCCCUACGCCCUACCUCCUCCAGGGGAACAAAUCAGAGACCGAGUCCAACAGUAAGAUCCCAGCCCCCUUCCCCAACCUGCUGCAGCACCGACCCCCGCUGCUCGCCUUCCCCCAGCCUGCUGCUGCCUCCAGUGGGGUCGGGGUCCAACACAAGGCUGCUGCUGUUGCCAAACUGGGGACCAUCAGCAUCCAGACCUCCUCCAGUAUGACAGCUCCGACUAGCACUUCCUCCUCCACCACCCCCUCCUCCAACCUCCCCUUGCCCCUGUCAGGCUCUAAGGAGUCUAAGGACAGAGACAGAGACAGCCAGCUCGGCCCUGCACCGGGGCUAAGGGCCAGGAGCCACUCCACACCCCUGCCCCCUUCCUCCAAGUCCACCUCCCCCUAUUCCCACCACCACCACCCCCACCCCCACCACCGCCCCUCACACUACCACCACUACCGCAAGCCAGAGAGAGGAGACUCGCCCAACCCCAACACCAACAACAAGAAUGGCUCAGAGACCUUCUCCAAGUCCUCUGCCCAGACCCAGACACAGGGCUCGGGCAAGGAGGGGAAGUCUGUGAGCUUCUGCUUGAAGUUAGACAAAGGAGAGAGGGACAGGGACAGGGAGAGGGACAGAGAUGGUCACAGGGACAGUCACAGAGACAGAGACAGGGACAGUGACAGAGAGAGACACAGGGAGAGAGACAGAGAAGCAGGGUUCCACUCUACCUCCUCUCAGGCUGAGAAAACCACCAACAACCUUUCAUCCCAGACCAGUGCCAGUUCAGCCCCAAACCCGUCCUCCUCUUCCUCCCACUCUCGCCCUCACUCUCGCUCCCAACUCCACCGCUCCCACACCCCCCACGGCCUGCCCGUCUACAAGCCCCCCUCCUCAGACAGCCCCCUGCUCUGGACCUACCCCUCGGUGGGCUUCCGGAGACCCCCGGCGUACGACAGCCUGCGAGGAGGGUCUCAUCUGCCCUCCUUGCACCACCAGGGUCACGGUGAUGUGGCCUCCAAAAGCAGCACGGUGCCUGGGCCCGUCCAGGGGAAGGCUGGGUUCAUGCCCUGGGACAACAGUGGCUUUGGAGACGACGGGUCUUACUUGCCCAUGCAGAGGAAACUGUCCUUCAGCCACGGCAGCAGAGAGACAGGGAGAGAGAAGGAUGAAGGGCGGGCGUGGAAUGGCAGUGCCGAUACCCUCCUGAGGAUGGACAAGGAGGAGCUGGGCCCCGGGCAUCGAGGAGGAGGAGGCCACUCUGGGAUCCCAGUACGCUUCACUGGAGGGAGGGGGCUGGGCCACAGUGAGUCCCUGGCCGGGAUGGAAGAGGGGCCCUUGGGGUUCCGAGCCCUGCCUAGAGGGGGUCUUCCCCUCCCCUGCCAAACCUUCCCAGCCUGCCGCAAUGGAGAACUGGGUCGACUGAGCCGCUCAUCAUCCACCUCUGGGGUGAGACAGGUGGGUGGAAGCGACGUUCAGCGGCAGAGCAGCCUGCCCCACCGAGAGGUACUGAGUCAGUUGCAUGGGCUGUCCCACUCCUCCCAGACGCCCUGCAGUCCUAUCCUGUCCAGACAGCAGCAGCAGCUCCAGCUCCACCAGCAGCAGCUGCAGUUACAACAACAGCUCCAGCAGCUGCAGCAGCAGCACCACCUUCAGCUGCAGUUCCAGCACCUGGCCCAGCUGGCCCAGGGACAGCCUCCCACCCCUGGGGGUGCCGCCGCGUCCGCAGCCCAGACCCAGAGGGACGGCAAGCUGUUGGAGGUCAUUGAGAGGAAGCGCUGCCUGUGCAAAGAGAUCAAGGCCCACCGACGCCCAGAAAAGAAUCUGUGUAAGCAGGACAGCAUGCCCAUCCUGCCCAGCUGGAGACGGACCCCUGAACCCCGGAAGACGGGCACACCCCCCUGCCAGAGGCCCCAGGCCGUGGUGUGGGACACAGCCAUCUGAGAGGGGUGGGGGGGUGUGUGUGUGGGGGGGGGCAAGUACUAUGUACUAAAUAAGUACUAUUGUGGUGAAAAACAAGAAGUUUACAAGUGGGGAGACAUGGUGGGAAUCACUCUCUACAAAGGGAAAGAGGAUGGAGGACUAUUUCCUCUCUUAGGAGUGACAGUGUGAUUACCGCCGACCUCCACAGAAGAGGGAGAAUAUAUAUGAGAGUAAGAUGAGAGUUUUGUGCUCUCACAUGUUAAAAUAAACUUUAUGUGGAGCUGAUACAAGGUCUACAAGGUUAAUGCAAUUUUUUUGAGGUGUGUGGGCCAGAGAGAUAAUGAACUGAAACAUAAAUUGUUAUUUUGCCAAGGGUGAUCAACUCUACUUUGUAGAGAUAAAAAAAAGAUUGGGAAGAUUCAAUUGAGGGAUAUACCAAUCAAAUAUGAAACCAAGAAGAGACAUACGUACAAUCAUUCAGUACUGUGUGAUUUCUUACACUUUAGUUUUAGUAUUCUACAAGCCCUUCCUUGACUCUUUAUACAUUUCUUAAACGCCAGUCGACUCUGCUUUUGUUGAGGCUAAAUAAAAACGGCAUGAAUUUACACUAUAAGAGCAACACUGGUUUAACUAGUUAGGCCUAAUUUCCCCUAACGUAACUACAGCUUACAUCAACUCGUAGUUGACAUGAAUUUUCUCUCCCUCCACUGUCACAAAUGGACAUUGGGAGGGAGAGUUUGAAUGAGACUUGAGGUUGAUGCUCAGCAAGACACAUCUUAUACACACUUAUGUUCAAGCACACAGACAGACACUUUAAACACAUACACACACACUUAUACUCUCUAGCCUUUGAUAAAAAUGAUUAUGAAAAUGAAAAUUAUCUUAUUAUUAAAGAAAUAUUGAAACAUGUUGAGUGCAUAUGAGAUGGUUUGGUUUGCCUUGUGGUCUGGGUAUCAGUAGAUUGUUAUUAUGGAGAUGAAGUAAUCAUGAUUGAGGAGGAAAAUACUACCUAACUGUUUGCAUAUUUGUAAUGUAAAUAUACAGACUUUCUCAGCGUUCCUGCAAUUUUAUAGCAAUAUGUUCCCAAUGUGGGCGUAACAUUAAUAUUAAAACAUGUCAGCCGGCCAAAACAUAUCUCGGACUUGAACUCAAAGUCACAGUUAACAUGUCAUGUCCUGCAUGUCAUUGAACAGACAUACAGUACUGUAUAAAACCAUAUAAAUUAAUCUACUAUCGUGUGGAGAUUAUCGUGUGGAGAUUAUCGUGUGGAGAUGGUCAUGUGAGAUUGUUAGAUUUUAACAUAGAUCUUGAAGAUGCCAUUAUAUCACUACAUACACCAUGAAAAGUCCUGCUGAAAUGUUAUGUUGUGGUUGUGUAAAAGAUGAACGUGUUGCUGGGGAAAUCUUUUCAAAAAGUUAAUAUUAUGACAGAUGGCACAUACUGUACACUCAAACAUAGCCGCGGGAAGUAGUCGUGCAAAGGGUGUAAUAUUUUGUUAUUAAUAAAAUGUUUUUAUUAAUAACAAAAGUAGUGCACUGGGUCUUUACUAGACCUGUAUUAGCGAACUGAUAUAGCCUUCUGUAGCGCGGGCUAAAACAUCUGCACUCAAAUCAUACUGUACAGUCAAAUUAAAUACAAAUGGACACAGAUUAAUUGUACAAAAAAACACCACCGGUCAUGCAGACUCACAGUUACUUAUUGAUGAGCGUCCCAUCCCACAAAACAAUGAUAUCAACACAGACAGUAGGAGAUGCUGCAGUUGAUAGGGCAGUGCAACAUCAUCACACACACACCUCAAACAGAAUGCUGGAAGAACCUGCCCAAAAACACAGCAUACCCUUAAGAGAAAGAAAACCCCUAUAUACUAUGUAAAUAGAUAUGUACAACUGUAUUGAAAAUGUAGCAAUUAUUUCCACUUUCAUACUUUUAAUCAAUAAAUAUAAUGUAGCAUAUAAUGUAUAAAUGCAUUUGUUCAUUUUUAUUUUUGUUAACUUUUUUUUAAUGAGUACUUUAUCUGUUGCAACUGGUCCACACAGACAUUACUGUACGGUUCUACCAAUAAAUGACAAGCCCUCAAGACAAAGGCAGUAUCACAAUUGUCGUAUCAUAUUUAUGCAAGAUUCCCUUUAAGCAGUACAUACAGUUGUUGUAUUUAUGCCCUUUUCUACAUACAUUGUAUUUAUGUACAGGUUUGAACAACUCAGUUUGACCAUUGUUUGGACAUUUUCUGAAAUACUUUGCUGCUAUCUCAAACUACUACUAGCUGCUGUUGUUGUUUAUUGAAUUACAAUGGUAUUUGUGACCAUAUCUAACAUUACUACUAUUGUGCUUAUUGUUACAUACUUUUAAUUUAUUUACCGAAAAGCCACGUGAGAUGAAGUUUGUACUGUAAAGAGUCAAUCCCUCUGUACUUGUAUUCUGGCACUUGAAUGUCUCCUGGUUGUUGUUGUUUUACUGGUUAGCACCAACCUGUACAGUUCCAGUGCCACCCCGUGGAAAAGUAUCCAAAAUGUUGAAGUGACAUUGCACCAAUGUUACCAAGUCACUGCUUCACUUUUUGCUACUCCAGGUUAUUAUCACCCAUUUGACUAUAGUUUAAACUAAACAAACAGAGAUGAGGACCAUGUUGAGGGAGAGAGGGGAAGUGCAAUGCAUUCCUUAUAUUGAAAACAUGUCAGAGUUUGGGUUCUAUCCCAAACCCAUUGGUAAGUGUGCCCAAUAAUAUUGUAUUUCAGAUAUACCAAGUAGUCAUCUUUUAAAAAAUGUAUUACAACAAUUGAUAUCUUAGGCAUAAUUUACAAACUAGUUUACAAAAGCUAUCAGCUUUGCGUGUCGCCUAAAACAGUGGCCAGUAUAUGAGUGCCAUACUAUAUUGAUAUGGUAAGAUAUGGUGUACCUUGGAAAUCACUGUAGUGCUAUAUUCACAUUGAUAUCGUCAUUAAAUCAAUUUUAUAUAAUGAA